AUGUUACGACUUCUGAUUACAACUCUGGUGCUGGAGCACGAGCGCGGUCCAUGGAGUCUCCGGCUGAGCUCGGUGGAGGAAGUGGACGAGGUCAUCGCUCACAUCGGCUGCUGUCUGCACCGCAUCUGCCCGACAGGUUCACCUGUAAAGGUGAUGAGGAAGUUAAGUCUGAAGCCUCCAGAGCGGACGACCGCCCUCCAGACGAUGUGGGACGAUCAUGGCUCGACGGACGUGGGACCCUGCGGAGGCUUCUCUCAUCAGUACUGGUGUGUGUGUGAUCACCUGGGUCUGCCCUACAGAGAGGAAGUCCAGUGGGACGUGGACACCAUCUAUCUCACUCAGGACACCAGAGAGCUCAACCUGCAGGACUUCAUUCACCUGGAGAACAGGGAUUUAGUGGCCAUCAUCGCAGCCCUGGAGUUAAACCAGUGGUUCACCAAACUGUCCACCAAAGACUACAAACUGUCCACAGAUGUGUGUGAGCAGAUCCUCAGGGUUCUGGCUCGGUCUAGUCGACUGGAGGAGCUGGUUCUGGACAACACUGGACUCAAAAGUGACUUUGCUCAGAAAUUGGCCGUUGCUCUGUCACAAAACCCCGCCUCCACGCUGCACACACUCAAUCUGAGCAACAACUCACUGGAGGACAAAGGUGCAGCUGCUCUCAGCGCUCAACUUUCUAAACUGCCCAUGGGUCUGAAACACCUGAACCUGAGCAAGACGUCCAUGUCCCCUAAAGGCGUGAACCUCCUGUGUCAGUCUCUGUGUGCUAACCCGGCCGUCGCCUCCACCCUCACUCACCUGGACUUGUCGGGAAACUCGCUGCGAGGCGACGACCUGCAGAACCUGCACAACUUCCUGAGUGUCCCCAACAGUCUGGAGACACUGGACCUGUCCAACAGUGACUGUUCACUGGAGCCGGUGUGCGCGUCUCUGCUUCGAGGAUCUUUGAAGCGUCUGUCCGUCCUCAACAUGUCAAAGUGUGUCUUCUCUAACAGGAAGUGCAAAGAAAUCCCCGCCUCCUUUAAGCAGUUCUUCAGCUGCGCUCAGGCCCUGAGCUCCGUCAGUCUGUCGGGGACCAGACUUCCUCUGGAGGCGCUCAAGUCCUUGUUGUUGGGACUCGGCUGCAACCCCAACCUCAGUGAAGUGUCUCUGGAUCUCAGCUGCUGCGAGCUACGUUCGGCUGGAUCUCAGAUCCUGGAAGGCUGCAUCGCUGAGAUUCCCAACAUCUCCAGUUUGGACAUUUCUGACAACGGUCUGGACAUGGAUCUGACCACUCUGCUGGUCUGGCUGUCCAAGAACCGCUCCAUCAGACACCUGUCGCUGGGCAAGAACUUCAACAACAUCAAGUCCAAAAACGUGGCCUCAGUCCUGGACAACCUGGUUCACAUGAUUCAAGAGGAGGAAUCACCACUGACGUCGCUGUCUUUGGCUGACUCCAAGCUAAAGGCUGACCUCUCCAUCGUCCUCAACGCUGUGGGCAGCAACACGUCUCUGACCAGAGUGGACAUCAGUGGAAACGGCAUGGGAGACAUGGGCGCCAAGAUGCUCGCCAAAGCUCUACAGAUCAACACCAAACUCAGGACAAUAGUAUGGGACAGAAACAACAUCAGUCCUCAGGGUCUUCAGGAUGUCGCUGCUGCUCUGGAGAAGAACUACACCAUUCGCUUCAUGCCAGUUCCCAUCGUGGACGCCGCUCAGGCACUGAAGGCAAACCCGGAGAAGACAGAGGACGCUUUAUUAAAGAUGGAGCAGUAUCUGCUGAGGAACCAUGAGACUCGUAAGUACCUGCAGGAGCAGGCGUACAGGCUGCAGCAGGGAAUCGUCACCACCACCACACAGCAGAUGAUGGACAUGAUGUGCGUGAAGGUGCAGGAUCACCUGAACUCCCUGAGGUUCACUGAGACCAGCACAGUCCAGGAUGACAUGAAGGCGGCCGAGAACCUCAUGAAGGACGCCAGGAACUCCAAGACGCUCCUCCCUAACCUGUACCACCCAAGGAGUGGGGGGGGCAGGGGGACAUGUGUGGGAGCGAUCCAGGACAAACUGGAGUCCAUGGCGGGUGAAGUGGCGAGCGUGAUGGACGAACAGCUGCAGACAAUGUUGGUGUCCAUGGUGGACGCCGCCGAGGGUCUGUGUCCUCACGUGAUGACGAGGAGCGGCCUUCGUCAGGAGCUGAUGAAAGCCGGGGCGGGGAGGAUGACCAUUCCUCGCAGCUUCGUCACCACAACUCUGCUGGAGCAGUCCGGCGUUGACAUUAUCAACAAGAUCAGUGAAGUGAAGCUCAGCAUGGCGUCUUGUCUGUCGGAUCGCAUCGUAGACGAGAUCCUGGAGUCUCUGUCCAGGUCGCAGCACACUCUGGCUGACCACCUGAUCAGGAAGGAUCAGCCUCUGGUGCACCGUGAGCUUCCAAUGGAGACGGAGGUCCUGGAUGAGACGGUUCUACAGCGGGAGAACCAUGACCUGGAGCGGAAACCGGGCCACAACCAGGAGCAGAAACAUGACCUGGAGGACAUAGACACCUGUAUGAUGACUCCUAAAUCCAAGAGGAAGAGUAUUCUGGUGAGGAUGCUCCGCCCCGUCUCUGUGGCGUUUGAGAUGGAGUUCGACCUGGACAAAGCUCUGGAGGAAGUUCCAAUCCACUUCGAGGAUCCGCCUCCUCCUCCUCCCCCCCUCUCACCCAUGUCAGCCUACUACGGCGACCUCCCGCCUCCACCAACUCCUGCCUCACCGGACACUAAGUCGGUUCUUGUUGGCGAGCUGCCGUCCGUAGAGCACAAGACGCUGGAGCAUCGCACCAAACUGAGGCCAAAACCGAAGAAAAGAACAAAACCCAGCCGACCACCUCGGAACGCAUCCGUGGCUGUGUCACCACACGAGGCGGAGCAGCAGAACACCGCCAUAGGAAAGCUGGACGAGGGCCUGGAAGACUUUUUCACCAAGAAAGUCAUCAAACUCAGCUUCAGACUUCCCUCCAUCAAAGGUCCAUCCACAAACACCCAGGAACCAUCGGAUAAGAAACGUGAGUCCAGAAAGAGCGGCUUCUUCAACCUCAUCAAAUCCCGGACGUCUCGCUCUGAGAAGAGUCACGGCGCCGCCUCCAUCACUCCACCCACCGCGUCCCCGUCCAACACUGCGUCCGUUAGCCCUGUGACUGAGGAAGCGCCGCCCACACUGCCCGUGAAAACCACAACGACCAUGCCGGAGCCUUUUCAGGAGCUCCACAAGGCAGAGUCCUCCAACCACACUGACGCAGAGACGGAGGUGUGUCCAGCCGCCACCGCCACCGAGGAGAAGGAGGAGGACGUGGAAAAGGAAAACCCGGAGAAGGAGAAAGUGGAGAACAAGGAACAUCCUCACAUACCUCGGCAUAUUGGAAUCCCUGUGAUGGGAAUGGAUCUGCUGGCUGAGAUGAAGGCCAGACAAGAGAAGAUGGCCGUUAAGAAGUCUGAGACAUCGUCUUCACAGGACAAAGUGGACGAGGACAAAGACGAGGACGGGUCCAGACCGGAGCCGACACCUAGGUCCAAACCACCGGCUGUCGUCCCGAGACAGCCUCUGUGUCCGGCCACCAAAAUCCCUCUGACCUCUGACCCCACUAUUCCGAGACCAAGCUCCUCCUACAGUCUUGAAGAUGCUGAGGCUCCUGUCGUCAGCACUGCUGCAAAAGUUCCACUUCCCGCCCCUCGCCUGAAGAGGGCGCCAUCAGAGCAGGAGCAAGAGGACAACAGCAGCAACAGUGUCCCUGUGUCUCUGGUGGACGAGGAAUGUCCUGCCGAAGACGUCGGGGAUACGUUUCAAUUGCCCGCCACUGAGAAAGAGUAUGGUGGCGUCAGCAGACAGUGGUCGUCUCUGAGGAGUUCAGCCACUCCUCCUGCUGCCAGAGAGGGCGACAGAGAGCGAGCCAAGUCUCUUCCUGCUUACGCGACGCCGCCGUCGUUCACCGACUCUGACCUGAGUUCGGCCGAGGACGAGAUUCAAACUCCAGCCGCUGACAAAUCAGAGGACGAGUGUGGAGACGACGUCCCCUCAUGAGAUGUCCCCAGUCCUUACAUCGCAUCAGAGACACUGAGAGACAAAGCUGCGAUUUAGAGUGACCGUGACCACAGAUGGGCGUUACCGUGGUAACCAGCUGUUACUCGUCGUGUCCAAAGCGGCGACGUUUGGAGUUUUUUGUAUUUUUAUGUAAUUAAUUGGUGAAAAACAGCAGCAUGCGGUUCACUUCAUCACCACUAGUGGUCGCAGUUGAGCACACAUGGCGAGUGAUCACGUCCGUCGUAGCUGCUGAGAAAUGACGUGAAACCUGUUUUAAGUGACUUAAAGCUGCAGUACGUACCUGAAAACAAGACGUUUGUGUGUAUGCAGCAGCAGAGCAGGGGUGGGCGGAGCCAAACUUUUUCAGUCAAACUUCGUCUGUCGCAAACCUGAAAAAAACAAAACAAAAAAACAAACAAAUCACUUCCUGUGUGCAGUGUGGGGGAAUGUCACCAGGUGACAGGGCGCGUGAAAACACGAUUAAAUGUCGUUUAUGUAAAUGACGCCUUAUUAUAAAAAAUCAUGGAGAACAAAAGUGCAUCAACGUACUCAAGUGAGUGAACAUCGGCCGAUGAAUCCAAUAAUUAUAACGAUCGCGUUAGCAUCGGCUAAUGCUAUGUUCCCAGACAGAAUAUUCUUCGGCCAACAUGAGGUCAAUGUGGUGGGGAAAAAAUGAGUGGGAGGAGCCAAACUGCUGCACUUCCUGUGUGUGUGUGUGUGUGUAUACAGCACAAACAUUAGCUUUAAAUGGGUUAAAUCACAGUUAAAUUGGGUUUAUAUAUAUUUUAUUAUGUUUAUUGUUGGUGAUGGAUUUUUUUUUCAUUUUAUUGGGAAAAUACUUGUGAAAAUUCUUUUUAGAGAAAACAAAUGUUUGUUAUUGUUUAUAUGUGGGCGGAACUACACACCUGCAAAUAUCUGUGUGUUUAUGUAUAUAUCAAUAAAUACACUCUUAAGAACAGA